GUGGGUAGACUCUGAAAACCUAAGAUCUUGUUUAUUUGUAUUUUUGUUUUUUGUGUUUUUUUUUGUUUUUUAGUGUCUUGUUUUUUUUUGGGUGCGUUGUUUUGUGUUUUUUGUUCCUUUUUUUGUAUUUUUGUUUUUUUAUAUAAUAACCUAAAAUAACCUACUUAACUUAUGGAUCCAAUUGUCUUCUCGGCCUCCCGUAUUUCCUGUAAUCUUCUCUAGUGUACCUGAUAAGUUCCCUUAAUUCCUCAUAGGAUGCUUUGCCAGCUCCUCAAAUAGCUUCUCUGUCCUAUUGUGCAUGAUGUCCAGUACUUUUGGCGGUUUCCUAUAUACAUUUAGUGCUUGUCUGAGCAUUAUGUUUUGUUAAGCCUGUAUUUUUUUCCUGUUUGUUUUGUUUAGGUUAGGUUAGGUUUGUUCCCAUGCAACCGAGGCGUAUGUCAUAAUCUGUAUUAUUAUACUGUGCAGAUAUACACUCGUGGGCAAAAAAUAGACUCAGGCGACACCUCUUCAAUCGCAAUUCACUGAUAAAAAAUCGAACAAGAAAUUAAAAUUUUCUUACUAAAAUCUUAAAGGUGUUAGCUUCAAAACGCUUGUUCACAGUAAUUGGAGGUAAAACCCUUAUAAAAUGUUAUAUACCCACCACAAUCAGUUAGCUAUCAAACGCCAACUGAUACACAUGAGUCAGUAUGCUGUUUUCAGAGUUUACCGUCGUUAUCAAGACUGGUAACUUUGAUCGAAGACGGGGUUCCGGAAGAAAAAGUUGCACACCCGAGAGAAAUGACCAAUUGCAGCUAAAUCUGAUUGGCUAGCGUAAGGAGGCAUGUUUAUUUUAGCCAAAGUCACGUGGUGAUCAUGUUUCGAUCACGAAUCGAUUGUGUUUUCGGUUGCUUUAUUUGUUAAAUGGAUUUUAUACAAAUCACACUAAAUUUGAAGACUGAAACGUUAAAUGUAUUUUAUAAGAUGUGAUCUGUACGAACACUUGAUCAAGACUAUUACGCUGUAAUACCUUACCAUAAGAUAACCAUACUUCCGAUUUCUAAAUAUGGUUUAAUUUUUAACUUGAAACCUAUAAAUUAUUUUUAAUAAAAGAAAAAAAAAUGAAUGAUGUAGAAUAUUUUUUUUAACUAAAUAUGCAUUUUUGGUUGAAGCUAUUAAAAUUUUCCACUACUUUAUAUUGCGCACUCCAUAUUUUUUGUUAAUUUUCUCGUCAGUAGUUUUAUUAUUAUAUAAAUAAUUAUUGUUCAUUUUAUUAACUAUAAAAUCGUGUUUUUCUUGAUUUUUUAAAGUAUAUUUGUUCACCUUAAGUCUCAAAAAGGUACUUUGCGUAAAAUAUCAAUAAUUCCGAAAAUUUCAACUUAUUAUUUUACUACCAAAAUGGCCGAUUACCUUAAUCUCCCACUUGCACUUGUCGAACUUGACCUAAAUUUAACUCUGUAGUAUGAACAUAUAAAUUACCCUCGAGAAAUAAUUUGUUCAGUUGAAAUUGACUUCGGUGUUUACUUAAACUCCAAAGAUUACAUUUCAAAAUUCGCCAUAUAAGCAAUACCCGUAUGCUCGACAUACAUACCUUAUUUGGUUUUGACUGCAAAUACUCAACGACAUUCUGACGAUUUGUUGUUCGUAUCUACCGAACUUGUAUCUAAUCUGUGGUUAGUUUUAUUGCUACAAAAGUAAAGUAAUUUUUUGCAUUAGUAUCAUUUUGUGCAAAGUUAUUCUAAGCAGUUGGGUGUUAAAAGAAGUAAAUAUGGUCAACGACAGAGCUCCCAAGAGUGGAUUGGCGGCUGAGGCUCAGCGAAAGGUUAAUGCAAAAUAUAGCGAAGAAUUAGCAAAAGAAAGUUUAGAAUGGAUUGCAACUAUUACAAAUGAACCUAUCAGCGUUGCCGGUGACAUGGACAAUUUCUAUGAAGUACUUAAAGAUGGUACACUAUUAUGCAAGUUAGUUAACAACAUCCAACCUGGUAUUGUAAAGAAAAUAAACACGUCAACCAUGGCUUUCAAAUGUAUGGAAAACAUUAACGCGUUCUUAGAAGCAGCCAAACAGUUAGGGGUACCACCCCAAGAAACAUUCCAAACUGUAGAUUUAUGGGAAAGACAAAAUUUAAACUCUGUAGUCAUCUGUAUACAAUCUCUUGGUAGAAAGGCCGACAAAUAUGGUAAACCACAUAUCGGACCGAAAGAAGCAGCCAAAAAUGAGCGCAUAUUCUCAGAGGAAAAGCUUCGUGCAGGUCAAACUAUCAUAGGUCUUCAAAUGGGAAGUAACAAAGGUGCCAAUCAAUCAGGGAUCAACUUUGGAAACACAAGACACAUGUAGAAAUAAACUUAAAAGUCAACGAUUUUCUAGCAAAAAACUAUUUCAUAGAAAUUUUUUGAAAGAAAAUUAUAGAUUUCAAAAAUAACAGAGUCUUCAGUAGUACUUAGAAACGCAUAGCUGCCUAUUGUAUAUUAGGUAUUAACAUAUGUUUUUUCGCACCAGUUUGAAAUUACACAUUUCAGUUUUUUUAUUUUUGAAAAAUUAAAUUCUGAACUGAACAUGCAUUAAAAAAAUGUAUUUUGAUGCAAUUAGAAUUUUGCUGUUGCAAUGGUCAUUUAAUAUUAAUAAUUUUUGCAUAUAGUGAUCUUUCUGGUUUUUUGGUAUAAGAUUCUGGUGUUUUUGAUGAUUAUUUAUAAAAUAUAUGUUUUGUUAAUACAUCGAAAAUAUAUAUUAAAUUUACAUUUACAAUCUAUUUUUGAUCGAUUUAUAAGUCAGUAUUUAAGUAUUGUUAUAAGCAUUCCUGUUUAUUUAAUUUCUUUCAUGAACAAUAAAUUUAGAGAACAAAA